AUGAUUGUUAAUUUUAUCAUAUUAAUUCAACCUGAUUUACGUGAUCUAUAUACUGAUGAAGAUAUUCAUCAAUCUCUUGAACUUUAUAUCAAUGAAAUGUAUCCAUCACUUCGUCCAUUUACAUUUGAUUUAGCUUAUUUAAUUAAUGAAUCACCAACAUUAAAACGUUUUAUUGAAAUGGGUGUUGAUGUUUAUCGUUGGAAUCAACCAAAUACAAAAGCAAAAUAUAUUUUAACACUUAAUUUUGAACGUGAUUGUAUUCCACAUCUUGUUUUUCUUAAUGAAUUAGGUAUUAAAAAUAAACAUCUUUCUCAAUAUCUUAGUUACAAUCCAUGGAUAUUUAAAGAACCUCUUGAUGAUUUACGUGUACGUAUAAAUUACCUUGAAAGCAAAGGUUUUAAUCAAGAUAAUAUUCGUGAUAUACUUAUUCGUGCACCAUUUUUAUUAAAUUUAAGUACAAAAAUGAUUGAUACAAAAUUAAAUUGGUUUAUAAAAAAAUUUCAUUUAAAUGAUAAUGAUAUAUAUGAAUUUGUUAUUCGUUCACCUAAACUUCUUACUUUACCAUUACAAGAUAUAAGUAAUACAUAUUUUAAUAUGCAUUCAUUAUUAGGUUUUGAACAUGUUCAAUUACAAAAAAUAUUUCGUCAAUAUCCAAAAUUAUUUAUAUAUGAUUAUAAAUUAAUUCAAUUAAAUUUUGAUUUUCUUUUUAAUGAAAUGAAUAUAACACGACAACGUUUAAUGGAUUAUCCACCUAUACUUAAACAAAGUUUUCAACAAUUACGUACACGUUGUUUAUAUUUAAAAUAUAUAAAACAUAAUCAAUUUGAUCCAACUAAACCAAAUUUUGUUUCAUUAAAAGAUCUUUGUUUAAAAACAAAUGAUCUUUUUUGUCAAUAUGUUACAAAAACAUCUAUGCAACAUUAUUUAAACUUUAUGAAAACAUUGUAA